AUGAAUGAUUUUGGAUCAAUUCAAUCGGAUGAGACCGAUUUUCUCAUUGGAACCAAGAUGAAGAAUGGUAGUAGCGAAGAUUCAAGUGUUGGAUCAUUCUCACCGGUCAAGAUGAGACGAAAGAGAUGUUGUGCACCCAAAGAUGACUAUGACGACGACGAUGACACCUUUUUACAGAGAUUUGGAGCAUUCCUCAAACGUGUAUUCCUACCAAGAGGUAAAAUGCCACAUGACGAUAGAAUCAAUAUGGAUUGGUUACAAAAAUGGAGAAAAUAUAAUAGAUUCCCUUGGAAGUUACUGGUUCAUUUGGUUUUAACUAUUUGUUUAACUUCAAUUAUAUUUAUUGAAACUGGUGAUUUAACAGAUUAUUCAGUUGGUAUUGAAGCUACUUGGUACAAAGUAUUCUUUCCAAAUGAUUUUGCAUAUGAAGGUGAUUUUGGAUCAAAUAUAUUAUUCCUUUAUACCAUUCAAGAAUCUAUAGACCUAGUUCAAAAUAAUUUAAAUAAUUAUGAUUCAUGGGUAAAUGCAUCUGUAAAUAAGUUUUCAGUGGUUGAUGAUCUUUCAGAACCACCAUUUAGUGUAUCACUUGUAAUAUCAUCUUAUAAAGAUUGCGAUCAAGUAUUUGAUACAUCGAUCGUAAAGGCAAAUACUGAUACUUUUUCAACAUCAUAUAUAAUAUCAUCAGCUGAUUUGGGACCAUUGGCAAUAUCACCAGAUAAUGAUCUUCAUACUUUAUUCUAUUGUAUGAGUUCAAUGUAUAUUGAUUAUUCAUUUACCAAUGUACAUUUACAAUACGAUCGACCAAUAGCUUAUUCAUGGAGAAUUAGAACAUUUUUCGAUAAUACCAUUCAAGCUGGUAGAAUUAAAGUUACUCUUACUCCUUAUAAAAGUAGAACUUCUGAAUUACCAUACUCAAAAUUGAUACAAUCAUCAAAAUUAGUAUUAGAUACAGUAGUUAUAAUCUUUUCAUUGUUGUCACAAUUUUUGGCAUGGAGAUCAUUUAUGUUUUCAUUCAAGACAUUCCAAAGAACUAAAAAGAUUGUGAUGAGAAGAUCAGUUCGUGGUAUACCUAUUAGCGUAUCGUCGACGAUUGAAUGGGGAUCGUUGCCAUGGAAGACAAAGUUGAGAUUCUUUAACUUGUGGUUUGUCAUGUGCUUUGUAUCCAACAUUUGCACGUUGGUUGGAGCAUUCCUCGAUUUCUUUGAGACGUCUGGAAGCAAUGCUGCAUCGGCUUGCAAGUUGUUCCUUGGUCUUGGCACGUUAUUGUCGUGGGUCAAUAUGAUUAGAUAUCUCGAGUUUGACAGCAAGUCUACAGCUGUCAUUAAUGCACUUGGAAAGGGUCUGCCCAACAUUCUUAGAUUCUCGGCUGGCAGUUUGCCCAUUUUCAUUGGAUUUGCUUUGUUUGGUCUCAUGUACUUUUCAGAGACGAGCUCGCGAUUCAGCACGUUUACAGAGGCUGCCGUGACACUAUUCGGUCUACAAAAUGGUGAUGAUGUGCAAGCGACGUUUAGAGCCACCGAAAAGAGCUCGAUUGUGUCGCGUGUCUACUUUUUCGUGUUUGUCUUUAUCUCGAUGUACGCUAUUGCCAACAUCUACAUUGCUAUCAUGGAGGCAUCCUAUUCGGCAUCGGUUGGCAUCAAGUCCAAGAUGGAGAGAAACUGGGAGGAAAAGAUCAAGAAUCAAAACACACCUGCCGACGAACUCAACAUGGACGAUCAGCUUUGGGAUACUUUAUUGGGUCUCAAGGAUAGUGAUUCAUCCGAUGGUGAUGGUAGUGGUGGAAGUAGUGGUGGUGGAAUUGGUGGUAAUGGUAAUCAAUCUAAAAAGGAUGGCAGUGGUGGUUCAAACCCAACAAAGAAAUUGAAAAAGAAAAAGUUCAAAACCAACAAGAGUCUAACAGAAUCACAAAUAUUAAAGACUGAUAUGGCAUUAUCAACUUUAGACAUGGAUGCAAUGGUUGAUGAAUUAUCAAAAACCAUCUUGGAGAAACAAUUAGCAUUCAACAAGGAAUUACAAACUCUUAUUCGUACUUCAAUUCAUCAAAAGAUUGAAAAUAUGAUUCAAUCAAAGAAAAUAUCAAUAUCUCAACCAGCUCCUUCAACUACCACUACUACUCAACCAUCAACAACUUCAACUGUUGAUAAUAAUAACAACAAUAACAACAAUAACAAUAAUAAUAAUAAUAAUAACAAUAAUAAUAAUUUAAAUAAUACUUUUAAUCUUUUUGGUCAAGAUGAUGAUACUCAAAGUAAUGUUUCAUGGGGAGAGGUAAAUGUUAUAAACAUCCAUGCCGAUGAUGAUUCUCCUUCUUCGUCUGGUAGUGAUACCGGUUCGGAUGACGAUUCAAACUAA